AUGGGCCUCUGGAUCGACUACGGCAUCGAGGACGACUCAACAAAGUUGGCAAUCCCAACAUGGGUCUGGGCUGGCCUGUUGAUCGUCUCCCUCGCCAUGAGGGUUGCAGCCAGGCUGAAGUUCCCACAAGAGAAAUCGCCACUUCGUCGCACAUACUUUGGUCCAUGGUACGGGCUCUACCUGGACGACUAUGUCCUCAUUCUGGCCGUCCUCCUCGCCCUGAUCGCCAUGGGCCUGAUUCUCUGGGCUUGUGAGCUUGGGUUCGGAAAAAGAACUGCCGAACUGAUGCUACUCAAUGACCCAGAUCUCCCAUACGGCGGAGGUCCAGCGGUGGUCGAGAUGACGAUGUUGCUCUUCUUCUGGAUGCAGAUUCUCUACAACAAGGUGAUGAUGCUCACCAAAGUAUCCGUCCUCCUUCAGUUCAUCCGAACCUUCGGCUCAGCAGUCACGAAACGCUUCCGAUACGUCUGCUGGCUGAUGAUCAUCAUCGUCGUCGGCUUCUAUACAACCAGCGUCUUCGUUGUCAUCUUCACGUGCAGUCCCAUCAAGUCGGCGUGGAUAGGACAGUGCAACGCGCAGAUCAACACUACUCUCAUCUGGAUCAUCAGAGGAUGGGUUAACACUGGCACCGAUGCCAUUAUCGUCUUGAUGCCGGUCGUCAACCACAUCAUGUCAAGCAGGAACGCAGGCAGGGACCGAACCAAGAAGACGCCGCUUCGCGAGAAUAUCGUCAAGUACGUGCUGAUCGCAGCUGGUAUUGGUGUAUGCGCCGUAGCCCUGACCCGCACGCUCAUGAUUCCCAAGGACGGCUUCGAGAAGGAUCCCAUGUGGCUAGCCAUCGACUGGUGCAUUCUUUCGGUGACGGAGGACAGUCUCUGCGUCGUCACUGUCUGCCUACUAUCGCUGAAGUGUGCAGUGUUGCAGCUCGCACCGUGGAUCAUCGGGUACAGUCCUCUCAGCAGUCGCCGCAACUCGGAUGAAGAGAUACUUGAAAACCCAGGCAGAGCGUCGAGUCUGAUGUGGAAGUGUCAAGGGCUGUGUGAGGAGAAGGAUCCGUAUCCGCAAUUGGCCGAAGAUUUCGAUGGAAAGUUCUGA